AUGACAGAAACAAUGAAGUUUUUCUGACGAUUACCAAUUCGCGUGACUUAACAAUUUAGUGAAUACUCGUCGUACUGUGAAAACCUAACGUGUACAAAAUAAAAAUUAUAAAGUUGACCGGCCAGCAGCAAAUAUUAACAAUGAUGAACAGCUAUCUUCAACGUAGGUGUGCAAAAUGGCUAUCAGAAAAUCCAUAUUACCGUCUACGUCAGAAGCGUUGCGACGCAGGCGUCUAGGCGCUCUAGGAACCGAAGAAAAUACUUCAUUUAUCAGCUGUCGAGGCAUGAUUGUUGGUGUUUUUCUUUUGCUGUCCCUGCUUACCGCAGGGACACUUCAGUUUGAGUUCAAACAUCAUGACAACGAAGAAUUGCUACAGGUGUUGCAGGAAAUCAACGGAAAAUGUCCGAAUAUUAGCAGGAUCUACACGCUGAGCGAGAAUUCCGUCCUGGGGGUCCCGCUUUAUGUUAUUGAGUUUUCCACAAAACCAGGACAUCAUGAAAUAAUGAAACCGGAAUUCAAAUACAUUGCUAACAUGCAUGGUAACGAAGUACUAGGAAGAGAGUUAUUGCUGAAACUAGCUGAUUAUCUUUGCGAUGAGUACAUGAGCUCCGAUCCAAUUAUCAAAUCUCUGAUUGAGUCUACCAGGAUCCAUCUAAUGCCCAGCAUGAAUCCUGAUGGAUGGCAAGUCGCUACUGAUACGCUUCAACCAGAAACAAAAGCAGUCAUGAGGUUAAUUAUGCAAAUACCCUUCGUUCUGUCGGCAAAUUUGCACGGCGGUGAUUUAGUAGCUAAUUAUCCUUUCGAUGAAAGCCGAUCAGGAAGACAAAAAGACGAGUAUGCAGCUACUCCCGACGAUGAUACUUUCAGGUAUUUAGCUCUGGCUUAUUCCACCCACCAUGCAGAUAUGGCAAGCCAGUCCAGAAAAGGAUGCGGAGAUAUUGAUAGUAACCGAUUUGCUAAACAAGGUGGAAUCACGAAUGGGGCCAAAUGGUACAGUUUACAAGGAG